AUGCUUCGCUCAGUCACAAGGCCGACGCGUCCGGGACAAGCACCCGCUGCUAUCCGCCGUCAUGCGAGCACGCUUGCUGAAGCUCGCAAGCGCUGGAACAACCGCCUGGUCGUGACUGAGGAGGUCGAGGCUGCCCUCGAGGAAGGUCGCGCCGUCGUGGCACUUGAGACCGCCAUCGUGACUCAUGGCAUGCCCUACCCGCACAACCUCGACACGGCGACCAAGCUCGAGGGCAUUGUGCGCUCGCACGGCGCUGUCCCGGCCACGAUCGCGCUGCUCGACGGCAAGAUUCGUAUUGGCAUGCCCACUCAGGAACUCGACCACGCCCUGGCUCAUCCAGAGGGCAUCCCUCCUCGCCAGCAACCGUCUGUCAAGGUCUCGAGGCGCGACCUCGCGCCAGCCCUCGCGUUCAACCGUGCUGGCGGCACCACUGUCGCUGGCACAAUGGUCAUUGCGCACAGUGUCGGCAUUGACUCGUUUGUGACCGGUGGUAUUGGCGGCGUGCACCGCGGUGCCGAGAGCAGCAUGGACAUUUCGGCCGAUCUCCUCGAGCUGGGCCGUACCCCCAUGAUGGUUGUCUGUGCUGGCGCCAAGUCUAUCCUCGACAUCCCCCGCUCCCUCGAGGUCCUCGAGACCCAGGGCGUGUGUGUCACCACGUUUGGUGACAAGGACGACUUCCCCGCCUUCUACAGCCCGUCCUCCGGUGUCGCCUCGCCGUGGCGCGUGGGCAGUAUCGAGGACGCUGCCAGGCUCGUCCACGUUGGCCUGACCCUCCCCACGCCCCAGAGCACCCUCCUCGCCGUCCCCAUUCCGGCGCAGUACGGCGAGGCAGGCGCCGCCGUCCAGGUCCUCGUCGAGCAGGCUGUCCGCGAGAGCAUCGAGCUCGGUAUUGACAAAAAGGGCAAGGAAGUCACGCCCUGGCUCCUCAAGCGCGUUGGCGAACUGACAAAGGGAACCGCUCUCGAGCUCAACAAAGUGCUCAUCGAGAACAAUGUCCACGUCGGCUCCAAGGUGGCCGUCGAGGUCGCGCGUCUGCGUCUGAAUGCAAAGGGUUCUGCUUAUGGGGCCAUGCCGGCCAUUCCCGCUGUGCCAGGUGCUGCUGUUAGUGCCUCUGCGUCCGGACCUGCGCUCAUCGCCAAGUCUUCUACUAGCCCCGCGGCACCUGCGGCGCCUGUCGCCCUGCCUCCUCCUUCAGUGCUCGUGUUUGGCUCGGCCGCCAUCGACCUGACGUCGUCCACUGCCGGUGCCCUCGUCCCACGCACCACUACCCCGGGCUCUGUGUCAGUUACACCCGGUGGUGUGGGACGCAACAUUGCCGAGGCGGCACAGGGGCUCCUCCCUGCUCACGCUGUGCAGCUCGUCUCGGCCGUGGGUGCCGGCCCCGUUGCGGCUGCAACUGACAUGGUCCCAUCGGACACGUUUGGCCAGCUGCUCCAGCUCGAGAUGCGCGGGGCGGGCUUGCGUACCGAUGGUCUGGUCGCGCGUGAGGGCGCCACUGCCGUGUGCUCGCUCGUCCUCACUGGAGGCGACUUGGCCGGUGGCGUGGCAGACAUGGACAUUGUCGAGCACGUCGAUGCCCAGAUGGUCACGGAACGUAUCAACGCUGUCAACCCGCGCAUGGUCGUGUUCGACUGCAACCUCCAGCCGCAGACCAUCUCGGCCAUCCUCGCAGCCUGCGCUGCGCAGUCCAUCCCGGCAUUCUGCGACCCCACUUCUACUCCCAAGCUCGCGCGCGUCUUGCCCGGCAUCAAGGCCCACCCGCGUGCCUUGACGCACCUGUCGCCCAACACGCUCGAGCUCGAGUCGCUGUACGACGCCCUGCAAGACGAGGACGGGUGGAGUUUUGUCAAUGGCCUAAACCUGGGCGCCGAGUGGCGCAACGCCAUGGACACGUUCGUCAACAAGAGUAACGGCGAGCUGGAGUGGAUGAGGAACCAAGGCGUGGCGCAAAAGCUCGUCGGGUGCUUGCCGUGGGUGGGCGGGUUCUGGGUCAAGGCCGGCGACAAGGGGCUGCUGCAUCUCCGCCUCGAGACCGAGCUCCCCAAGGGCGGUAAGUGGCCGGGCAAGCAGAGUGUGAGCCACAAGACUCCCGAUGGGCGCUGGCUCGUUCUUUCCCACUAUGCUGCUCCGGUGAUCGCGCCCGAGGAGGUGGUCAACACAACCGGUGCGGGAGAUACGCUCGCUGGCGGUCUGGUGGCGGGUCUGGUGCGUGGUGGUGACGAGGGAACAUGGGUCGCCGAGGCGCUGGAGCGGGUUGGUAGGACGCUUAGGUCUCACCGCGCUGUCGGAUAG